UCACAUGCACAUGUUAAAAUAUCACUGCCUUAGAAUGAGAGAUUUUAUUUGUUGUUGUUUUUUUAGUGUAGUGUUUUUGCUUUCACUGAGUCUGAGCUUGGUCACUGCCUCAGAAUUUCAACUGGAUGGUGAUUAUUUAAUAGGGGGACUGUUUGAUAUUCAUCAUGUUAGCGGUAUGGCUUUAUCAAGAAGACCAGAAGCCAUCGACUGCACCACUCAAAUUUUUUCUCUAUCAAAUUACCGGAGGUUUCAGAUGAUGAGAUUCUCAGUUGAGCAAAUCAAUAAUUCCACCAACUUGCUUCCAAAUGUCUCUCUUGGCUAUGAAAUAUUUGACCAAUGCUCAAACACAAAAAAUUUGCCGGGUAUAUUUAAACUCAUCUCAAACAAUGGAGUGGUUCAGCCAUGGGGUGAACCAUUAAAGAAUUUCUCCAACAAUCCUAAAGUGAUAGCUGUGGUUGGCCCUUACACCAGCACCAACACCCUGGCUGUAGCCCCACUAUUUAUGCCGGAUCUGAUACCAAUGGUUAGCUACGGUGCUGCCAGCUCUGCCUUUUCCCAAAAAAGCAGAUUUCCAUCUUUUCUUCGAACAGUGCACUCCAACAAAGAAGUCAUCGAUGUCAUGGUUAACAUCUUGGUGCACUUCAGAUGGCGUUGGGUCGCUUUCCUUUACAGUGACAACGAUUUUGGAAUUGAUGGAAUGGAGCUUUUCCUAGAAGCGAUUAAAGCUACUGACACCUGUGUGGCCUAUACCAAAGGCCUUGAUGAUAAAUCUGAUUACGCUCAAAUAUUUAAGCAAAUAGAACAACAGAGAUUAAACACCAUCAUUGUUUUUUCCACAAACAUGGAUGGUGAGGCUCUCAUUGAGUCAGCAAUUCAACUGAAUAUCACUGACAAGGUGUGGAUAACAGGGGAUACCUGGUCUUUAAACAAAAGGCUCCUCACGUUGGAAGGGGUCAAAAACAUUGGAACUGUACUUGGGGUGUCUCAGUCAGUACUACCAAUUCCUGGUUUUGAUGAUUUCAUUUACUCUUCCAAAUGCCAGUUACCAAAAGAAAAAAAGUUUUGUAAUCAGGACUGCAACUGCACCAGUUUGACACGAGAGGAGAUUGUUUCAGUCGACCCGUCCUUUUCAUUUCCAGUUCAUUCAGCUGUUUUUGCCAUUGCUUAUGCUUUACACAAUGUUCUGCGUUGUGGACCUAUUAACUGCAGCCGUGAUAUUAAAGUACAGCCACACACGGUUCUUGAAGAGCUGAGGAAAUCAAAUUUUACCCUGUUAAAUGUCAGCAUUGGAUUUAAUGAUUAUGGAAACCCAAGGUUUGGAUCCUACACAAUAGUUUUCUGGAACCGCAGCAGCUUUGCAGAGGAGAUUGGCUUCCAUGUAUUUUACCCAUCUGUCAAUUUCUUUAUCAACAAUACCAAGAUCGAGUGGUUUACAAAUCAAGAGGUUCCCAUUUCACAGUGUUCCCCAGAAUGUGCUUCUGGAUAUGCAAAGACACAAAUUGGGAUCCACAAAUGCUGCUUUAGGUGUGAUAUCUGUCCAAAAGGAACAUACAUCAACAUUGCAGAGGAUCCAUACAGCUGCAUCCCGUGUAAGGAGUCAGAGUGGUCUGAGCCAGGAAGUACAUCAUGUAGUCUGAAGCUGGUGGAGUACGUGCCAUUCACAGACAGUGGAGCUAUACUUAUCAUCAUCGGGUCUUGCAUCUUUGUGGGCCUCACCUCGACAGUCACUUUUCUCUUUACUGUAAACUAUGCCACACCUGUUGUGAGAUCUGCUGGCGGAUCGAUGUGCUUCCUAAUUUUAGGCUGUUUAUUCCUCUCUUGUCCUAGCGUGUUUUUUUACUUUGGAGAACCAACAACAGCUUCCUGCAUCUUAAGAUACUUCCCCUUUCUCUUGUUCUACACAGUUUGUUUGGCUUGUUUUGUGGUGCGUUCCUUUCAGAUUGUCUGUAUUUUCAAAAUAGCUGCAAAGAUUCCUAAACUUCAAAGUUGGUGGAUGAAAUAUCAUGGACAGUGGGUGGUCAUCACUGGGGCUUUUGUCACCCAGGCUAUUUUCCUUAUUAGCAGUUACAGUUUUGGUACUCCCCAUCCCCACCGUAACACAUUCAUCUACCAGGAUAGGAUCAUUCUUGGCUGCGAAAUUAAUACUGCAGCAACCAUAGUAUCUGUAAUUAUACCCCUUUCUUUGUGCUCGCUUUGCUUUAUCUUCUCCUACAUGGGGAAAGACCUACCAAAAAAUUAUAAUGAAGCCAAAACUAUAACCUUUUGCCUGCUACUACUAAUCCUUACCUGGGUCAUCUUUGCCACAGCCUAUAUACUCUACCAAGGAAAACACAUCCAUACAUUUAAUGCUUUGGCAGUACUCUCAAGUCUCUACUCAUUUUUGUUGUGGUAUUUCCUCCCAAAGUGCUACAUCAUUGUUCUACAGCCUCACAAAAACACACAACAGUACUUCCAGGGUCUCAUUCAGAACUACACAAAAACAAUCAGCCACUAGGCCAUUAGAUGUUUUAGCUUUAUUUCUAAGCUUGUCGGGAGUUAGAAGGUAAGACUUCUGAUAAGCAAUGCAUUUUUCAAAUUUAGGUUAGUAUUUUAUUUGAUAUACUUAGGCUACCUGUGAAUGAGCAUUUUUCUACUGAAAACCCAAAGGUUUAAUGCAAAAAGAUUUGUUCACAAGGGUAAAAAAAUAAGCAGGUUCAUAAUCUCGAUCAGCUGGGUGCUCACAGUUUUAGGUCUACUUUCUUGUUUGAAGACACCUUUAAAACAAAUUUUUAAAAUAUAUUAAGUUAAUAAAAAGUGAUAAAUAUGUCUGCUCGACUCCUGGUCAGGCUAUGCCUUGUCUUGUGAAUCCUACCUCUGUUCCUUCAGCAAUCACAAUGACAGUUGAGAAGUCCUACAGCUGACUAGGUACUAAAUCCUCCAUUGGUAUAGAGUAAGGGGAUGGUUCUACCCGAAGAUUCUUUGUUGGAUUUUGAAUUGGCCAUCCUAUCACUCAUUAUUAAAUCUAAACCUGUAGGUUUAGAUUAAAUAAUUAUUUGAUCUUAACCUCAUCUUCAAGAGCAAGUUAAACAAGGCUUUGUUAAGCUAGUGUAUAAAGCAACUGAAUGCUAUUUCUGACAUUUGAAUUGAAAAACUUCCUGGACAGGAAGUGAAACGUCUUCAGACCAAGAAAUAAAGUCCAGUGGAUUGUUUUUUUUUUUACUUU